CGGUCUGAGUGACUUUGCAUUUGGCAGUCAAUCAUUCCUCUGAGAUCUACGUUGUCCUGCAUUUACCAGCAGGCACAAAUACCACAGAACUUUCUUACACAGGAAAAAGAUCAACAAAACUCGACGAAGAUGACUUCGAAGACAGGGCGGUUCGAGCUCAAACCAUCGACGUAUAAUAAUGAGAAAGGCCUUGCAGACGACACAAAACAAAACGGUGAAGUCACCUCCGAUGACUCGGAGGAAGAUGGCGGAGGUGAUAGAGCUCAGUGGGGCAGGCAGUUCGAGUUCAUCCUUUCUUGCAUCGGGUUUGCUGUUGGACUUGGAAACGUGUGGAGAUUUCCGUAUAAAUGUUAUAAAAAUGGCGGAGGAGCGUUCUUGAUACCAUAUGUCAUAAUGCUGAUAUUCGUCGGAAUCCCGAUAUUUUUCCUGGAACUGGCGUUUGGGCAGUUUGCCAGCAGUGGUCCCAUUACUGUAUGGAGAAUGAACCCGGUUCUUAAAGGUGUGGGGUACUGCUCAGUCGCCAUUUCCGCUGUGAUCGCCCUCUAUUACAACGUAGUGAUCGCUUACUGCAUCUUCUAUUUCUUCGCCUCGAUGUCCAGUGAGAUUGCAUGGAACUCCUGUGAUAACGAAUGGAACUCAUGCAUUUGCCAAAAACCCGAUGCAGAGGCUAAUGUAUCGUGGGUAAAUUACACGCGGGCAGACUGUCAGGAGAAAUACUUCAACGGAACUUUGAUUAUUACAAAUGAAACAGAAUCUCCAAGUCGAGAGUACUGGAAUAAUUACGUUUUGAAGAGAAGUAGUGGUUUGGAAGAGCCCGGUGAACUGGUGUGGAGACUGACUCUGUGUUUACUGCUCGCCUGGAUCAUUGUCUUCGCUGUGUUGUUUAAAGGAAUCAAGUCACUUGGAAAGGUUGUUUAUUUUACCGCAAUUUUCCCGUAUGUCCUUCUGACCGCCAUGUUGAUUCGUGGCGUGACGCUAGAUGGCGCUUAUGAAGGCGUUAUCUUCUAUCUGAGACCGGACUGGGAAAGACUGAAAGACGCCACGGUGUGGAGUGACGCCGCUACUCAGAUCUUCUUCUCGCUCAGUGCCUGUCAGGGAGGACUUAUCGCAAUGGCCAGCUAUAACAAGUUUAGCAACAACUGCAUGAGGGACGCCUUCAUUGUACCAGUAAUCAAUUGCCUCACGAGUUUCUAUGCCGGUUUCGUAAUCUUUUCUGUGCUGGGAUUCAUGGCCAAAAACAAAGGCGUCACAGUUGACAAAGUGGCUGAUUCAGGUCCUGGCUUAGCGUUUGUUGUGUACCCUGAGGGAAUCUCCCAAAUGCCCCUGCCCCCGCUAUGGGCGAUUCUCUUCUUCCUAAUGAUGAUCACGCUGGGGUUCAGUUCACAGUUUUCCAUCAUGGAGACGGUCAUCACUGGUAUUAUUGACGAAUAUCGUAUUCUUCGCAAAGGAUGGCAGUCACUGGUCUUCCGUAUUUCCAUGUGUCUUGGAUUCUUUGCUAUAGCUAUUCCAAUGACGCUACAGUGUGGAACGUAUCUACAGAAUUUGGUGGACAACUACAUUGGGGGAUUCCCCUUACUCUUUGUCGGCUUCUUUGAACUCACGGCGCUCAACUGGGUGUAUGGUUACAAUCGUUUUGCCAAAGACAUAGAAAUGAUGCUUGGUCAAAAGCCAUUCAUAUUUUUCCGGAUCACCUGGUGCUUUGUUUCCCCUCUUCUUUUAUUGGCAACCAUCGUUUUCUACAGUAUACAGACAAAGCCGUUGACCUUGAACGAUUACGAGUAUCCUGAUUGGGGGAUUUCCGUCGGCUGGUUGAUAACGGCCUUCCCAUUGGUUUUCAUACCUGGAUGGGCAAUCUACUACGUGUCAAAGGUCACCGGUUUCCCGGAGUUUCUGUGGAGACUAACUCGACCAUUGCCUGACUGGGGACCUCUGCUGAAGUCCAAUCAAAACGAGUUUUACAGAGACGGCCUGACGAAUUACAUAGCAAGGCAACAUGGAAAUGUCUACGUUAAUGUUCUGCCUGGAGAAACCGAAAAUGAGCCUCAGUCUGAGAGCAGAGGCGCCAGUGAAUUCGAGCACAUCGCUACAGUCCCGAAGGGUCAGGACAACCAAACUUAUCUUAAUGACAAAGGAGAAAUGCCGUAUUACUCAGAGUCCAAAACGGCAUUUUAAGCGAAUGAACUUUGUGAAGGUGUUUCUAGUGUUUUUUGCCCAACUAUUAGGAGUAUCGCUUAUAUUCGCAUGUGUAUAAACGUUAAAUAUAUACGGCUGAUGCAUUUUGUACAGGGAAAAUUUGUAGAUUCCACAGGUUUUUACUGUUCGUCGGGCAUUGAAGCUGUUGACAAGGCUCGUGGGGUUGAUUGCAUUGUCAAUAACAACGACGUUUGUUGAAGCCCAUCUGUCUUUAAUGGAUAGGGUGGGCAUAUCAGCCCGCCAUAUGUGGAGAUUUUGGUCAGUAACUUGUCGUACUAUCCCAGAUACAUCUCUUUCCACCAACUAUUAAGUACUGACA